AUGUCCCAGUUAUAUUUGAGCCGCUCAUCUUCUUCUUGUUCCUCUUCGACAUUAUCAUUGUCUUGUUCUAUCUAUGGAUUUGUACAAUGUAUUAGUCGAAAAUUUCUUAUCAAAAAUAAAUAUACUAUAUUUAUUAAAAUCACUUCAAAUUCAGAUUGUUUUUGUCAUUCUAUAUAUAAUGUAAUUAUUCAAUGGAAUGUAAAAGAUGAUGAUAAUACAAUGAUUGAAGAGAAAUGUUUACAAUUUUUACAUCAUUGUCCAAUAAGAUGUUGGAUUUCUAUACAUAAUUUAAAAGAAAGUCGAAUCUAUUAUAAACAGAAUCGAGAAAGUAAAGUAUGGCUUUUUAUACCAGAUCAAACGUAUAUUGAACCAUUACCUCGUUCUAGAAUACCUUCAAACUGUAUUCAUGAAUGCUGUUUGUCACAGUCAUUCUCACCUACUACUACUUCAUCAUCAUCAUCAUCAUCAAGAUCAUUUCCUGUAGGAUUAAUUCCUUCCAUAGAAUUAUCUCUUAUCUCUAGUCAUUGUAAUGGAAUUUUUUUGGAAUUCGAGCGAAUCAAUCAUCCUCAUCAUUAUUGUCAUCCAAAAUGUAACCAACAUUAUUUAUUAUUGAAUAUUGAUAAAACGAUUCAAUCCGUUGAUAAGUUAUUAUAUCGACAAAAUAUUAAGCUAUUUAAUAUUUGGUCGUUUUUCACUAAUACUAAUCAUGAUAAUAACAAAACACAUUUCUAUGCUCUACUUAUUCCAGGCAUCUAUUCAUCAUCAUCAUCAACCAUAGAUAUAGACAAUAAAUUAUCUACUAUUUAUUCCAAGCAAACUAUUCAUUGUCAUAGUGAUUGUUUUAAUUUUAAUGAACCAUUGAAUAAAAAGAAAUUUUCAUUAUUAUUACAUGAUUUAAAUUAUUUAUUUAAUUUUUGUUUGGCUUAUCAAAUCAAUAGUUUACAAUACAAGGAAGAAGUUAUACAUUACAAGGAGAAUAUAUUAAGAAAUCAAGACUGUACAUUGUCUGAAUUAUUUAAACAUUUACUAUCCAAUUUGUUUAUUCAAUCAAGAAAUAUCAACUUCAAAUCAUAUCAAUAUGCUGAAGAUUUUAUACAAUUCCCAUUCAUAUCCAACGUCCAAGAAAAUUAUCAAUCCUUCAAUUUCGUGAAAGAUAGUAUCAUUGAUUUACACGAUAUUAUUGCUAGGCUUCAAUCUACUGACAAAUCAAUGGAAUUGAAAAACGAUUCUGAAGAAAUUCGUACAUUUUCAACAACAGAUCAGUGUUUUAAAUGCAUUUAUUCCUCUUAUUGUACACAAUUUAUACCAUCAAAGUCAUCGUCAUUAUUGUCAACAACAAUGAACCAUUUAUGGCAUGUUCAAGUAUGCAAAACACUCUUACAAAUAAGAUUACAUCAUAAUAAGUUUCAACAAUAUCGUCGUUCAUUCAAACGUUUAAUUCCGAUUUCAUCAACUAUGACUCAAACAACGCCAAAGAAUCAUUUAGAAUCAUCAUUGUAUGUGAUUGGGAAAAUUCUAUGGAAUAAUACACAUGGUUGUUUUUAUUUACAAACUGUACAUAAGAGUAUUUUUAAUCAUUUCUGUAAUGAUAAUAAUGAUGGUCAUAAUAAUAAUAAUAAUAAUGAAAAGGAUAAUACUGUCUCUAUUCCAUUGAUAUUUAAUAUGAAUACAUCAGAUGAAAUCAAUGUAUUAUUUCUACCAUCCGAUCAUAGUUUAAUAUUAUUGAAGGAUGUACAAGUAUUGUAUGAAGAAGAGAAUUCAGCGGGAGUAAUCACUUCUGGAAAUUGUGCUGAUAUGCCAUUUCAUUCAACUGAUUCAGUAUCAUCUACAUCCAGAAUGUAUAUUCAUGCAAAACAAGUCAUUCCAUUUCAAGUAAAUUAUUUAUCUGAAAGUAUAAUGGAUGAUUAUGCUAAACUACGGGAACAACAACAAUCUUGUACAAUUGUUCUUGUCAAUCUAGGUCCAUUAUCCUGUUGUUCUCCUGAAGCUUCUGUCGAUCCUAAUGGACAUUCUCCCUCUUCGAAUAAACUAUUAUGGUCCUAUAUGUUUGCUGGAAAAUUCAUAGAAAAUAAUACUGUUGCAAUCGUUAAUGCUGCUACUUUUAACAAUGGCAGUAGUGUCGAUUCAAAUUUGAUGUAUCUAUCAUUGACUGGUGAUUUAGCUUAUCGAUGGUAUUAUAAUUUUCAAAUUGGAUAUCAUUACCAACUUAGUUGGGUAAAUAUUAACAGUUCAACAUCAUUUAAUCAUGAUCAAUCACCUCUUCGACAAUUAAUUAGUGUUUCGAUUUUAAACAACUCAAUUCCUAUGAAUAGAGAGAAUCUUUCCUUUGUUAAUGUUGCCAAUUUAAAUGAUAUUAUGCACGAACGAUCCAAUUAUCCAAUUGGUUGUUUGCUCAACUUUGAAGCAGUCAUUUUAUUUAAACAAUAUUCUUCAUUGAGUGGCGAUUGGAUAUUAUGGGUGACAACUUGUAGUGAAUUGCCGAAAACACUGUCUAGUCUCAAUAAUAUUGACGUAACCACCGUAUACAAGGUGAAUCUAUUCAGAAGGACUAAAUCAGUGAAUAAUCUUGACCUUGUAUCAUUGUUCACAACGUCUAAUCAAAUGAUAUUAUACUGUAGAUUUACCAAUUUCUCACUUUCUGCGAUCACUCCAACGUCAUCAUCAUUGGCUAGUUUACACCUUAAUUAUACUGAUUUAUCACGCAUCAUAAUCGUGAAUCAGACGAAUAUGGAUUCAAUGUUGGAUAAAAUUAGUACACAGUUGUCAGAUAGUUUGACGAUCUCAUUAGAUAAUGAAUAUGACAAUAGUUUAAUUGUAACCAAAGAACCAAAAUUAUUAAUAAGUAAUAAUUAUGAUUGGAUUGGUGGAUCCAUUUCCACAGGAUAUUCAAAUGUAGAAGGCGAUUUAUUGAAAGAGCGCAUUAAUGUACAGGCUACAAUUACUCGAUGUUUAGAAUUCCAAAUUUAUAGUCUAUCUAACACCGCCGGUGAUGAUCAAAAUGACGAUUUUGCUAAUCUAGGCAUUUGUAUACGAUUUGUAAUCACUGACGGUAGCGGCAGUGCAUUGGUACAAUUGGGUCAUCCGUUUAUCAUACCUUCCUUAUUAUCUAGCGGUGUUCCUUGUCAGAUCCUGUCGAAUAAUGAUUCAUCCUCAACAAGUCCUAAAGAUAAUUUGGAAUUAGCACGUCUUUUAUUAGGAUUGAAUUGUUUAAUUUGGAAACGAUUAUGUUGUCAAUGGAAACGUUUAUUAGAUCAAGGCGUUGAUUUAUCAUUCAAUUUUUAUGAAUUUACAAAUGAUAAUACAACUUCUGAAUGUAACACCUCUUCAUUGUCCUCUUCAUCCUCUACAUCAUUUUCAUCUGAAGUCACUUCAUCAAAUAAAAAGUAUAACUUGAUACCAAUUAAAUUAGCAUUGAAAACUUAUUUGAAUUCACCGACAUUUUUAAGAAAUUGUCGAUUCACAUUGAAAUACAGAACUAAGAAUGUUCCAUAUUGUCAUCGAUCCACCACAACAUCAACCACGUCUUUAUCGAAUUCUGCCGAUCAUUGGCGAUUGAAACAGAUUAAUUUAAAAGAUAGUGAUAAUUCUGUAUAUUCUCAUGAUAAUCACCUUUGUCAACAACGAUCCGUUUACUUUGUUCUACCUCCAUAUAGAUUGUACACCUUAUUAAAUGUUACCUCUCAUAAUGAUGAUUUCAAUGAAUUAUGA